AAUCACUGUGAGGGCGGACCAACGAGGAGCCCGAUUGGCUCGUCGAUAAGGCUGGAGAUCACCGUCGUGGGUCUGAAUAGGAAGAGCCUCGACAUUGUCUGACUCUGACUGACUCUGACAUUGACUCCGGAGCUCCCUCUACACAACCAGCAGUAUAGCAUAGCUGCAUUUGCUGCACCUGCAAAACAUGGCGCAACAGCUAGGCGUUCAGCCAUCUCUCGACACGGUGCGGGAGGUGUUGGCUGCGGCAGUCAACUCUCCGAACCCGCCCAACCUCGUCCCCGUCUUUUCCUCAAUCUCCGCCGAGUUCCUGACGCCGUCGAGCAUAUACCUCAAAGUCUCCGCGAAGUCGAAGUCUAAGCUCUCAUUCCUGUUCGAGAGCGCAGCAACGACAGAGACUAUUGGGCGAUACAGUUUCGUUGGUGCAGACCCUCGUAAGGUUAUCAAAACCGGCCCCGGCCAUGGCGAAGAGACGGACCCUCUGCCCAAUCUCGAGAAGGAGCUCGCGAAGAGCAGAGUCGCAACCAUUCCCUCGAUACAGCUUCCUCCCAUGACUGGUGGUGCUGUUGGUUAUGUUGGAUACGACUGCGUCAAGUACUUCGAGCCCAAGACACGGCGCGAUGAUGUGAAGGACAUUCUGGAAGUUCCGGAGAGUCUUUUCAUGCUCUUUGAUACAAUUGUGGCACUUGACCACUUCGCACAGGUCGUGAAGGUCAUCACCUACGUCAAGGUUCCGGAUAGCCUCGACGACCUGGAGCAGGCUUACGAAGAGGCGAAGGCCACAUUGAAGAGAUACGUGACGAUACUCAAGGACAAAGAAGUGCCGAUGCCUGAACAGGGCCCGAUUACUCUGGGCAACGAAUACAAGUCGAACAUCGGUCAGGAAGGGUACGAGGGUCACGUUAAAGAGCUCAAGAAGCACAUCAGCGUAGGCGACAUUAUCCAGGCUGUUCCUUCACAGCGUUUCGCACGACCCACCUCGCUGCAUCCAUUCAACAUUUACAGGAACCUGCGUAAUGUCAACCCAUCGCCCUAUCUCUUCUUCGUAGACUGCGAGGAUUUUCAGAUUGUUGGCGCCAGUCCCGAAUUGCUGGUAAAGGAAGAACAGGGCAGAAUCAUCACACACCCCAUUGCCGGGACUGUCAAGAGGGGAAAGACUCUGCAGGAGGAUGCAGCCCUGGCCGAAGAGCUCUCUACCUCACUGAAGGACCGAGCUGAGCAUGUGAUGUUGGUGGACCUCGCGCGGAAUGACGUAAAUCGCGUCUGCGACCCACUCUCCACUCGCGUGGACAAGCUGAUGGUCGUGCAAAAGUUUUCGCAUGUGCAGCAUCUAGUCUCCGAGGUCUCAGGCGUGCUGCGACCUGGCAAAACACGAUUCGAUGCGUUCCGAUCUAUUUUCCCUGCAGGGACUGUGAGUGGCGCGCCCAAGGUGCGAGCGAUGGAAUUGAUUGCAGAGUUGGAGAAAGAGAAGCGUGGUGUCUAUGCUGGCGCUGUGGGGUACUUCGGCUACGGCAGCGUCGAUGGUGAUAAGCAGAUCGAGGGUGCUAUGGACACGUGCAUCGCGCUACGGACCAUGCUUGUCAAAGAUGGUAUCGCGUAUCUCCAAGCUGGGGGAGGAAUUGUGUUCGAUUCAGAUCCAUACGAUGAGUGGAUGGAGACGAUCAAUAAACUAGGUGCGAAUACACACUGCAUCACUUCAGCUGAGGAGAAGCAUCUGGCCGAGCAAAAUGAAGACAGUGUCGACGCAGACACGCCGCAAUCGCUUGAGGGUGAUGCGAAGCCACGCAUCAGUGUGGCUGCGUAGAUAGCGAACGCUUGACUGCGCCACACGAGGCUGGCGACUGCAGGGAGGGGCUGGCGAUGCCAGCUCAGAUGCACAGGGUCUGGCCCACAAUCGAAGCCAUCUCCGUCCAGGU